AUGAGUAUAAUUCAUCCUUUGCAGAGUACACUCACCUCUCGUGAUGGCUCGUUGGUGUUCGCCAUUAUAAAGAAUUGUAUUUUGAGCUUCAAAUACCAAUCGCCAAAUCACUGGGAAUUUGCUGGGAAAUGGUCUGAUGAUUUCAAUAAAACUGAAGGAGUGGAGAAAAUUAUUGUUAAGGAGCAGCAAGGGCAAGUCAGCGAAAAUGAAAACAAAAACAAAAAAUUAAAAAGUAAUAAAGGCGAUUCCAUAACCAAGAUAGAAGCUAAGAUACCAUCUCCAGGUAUUGGCGCCCCUCCAAUAUAUUCGUACAUAAGGAAUCUGAGACUAACACCCGAUGAAUCAAGACUAAUUGCAUGUGCGGACUCUGACAAAUCCCUUUUAGUUUUCGAUGUUGACAAAACUUCCAAGAAUGUCUUGAAGCUGACAGAAAGGUUCUGUUUCCCUAAGAGACCGAAUGCCAUUUCUAUAGCCGAAGAUGGUACCACAGUUAUCAUAGCUGACAAAUUUGGUGAUGUAUACUCCAUCGACAUUAAUUCCAGCCCGGAAGAAAAGUUUACUCAAGAACCUAUCCUUGGCCAUGUCUCUAUGUUGACUGAUGUGCACAUGAUCAAAGACUCUGACGGUCGUCAAUUCAUAGUCACUAGUGAUAGAGAUGAGCAUAUUAGAAUUUCUCAUUAUCCGCAAUGCUACAUUGUGGACAAAUGGUUGUUCGGCCAUAAGCAUUUUGUUUCUUCCAUAUGCUGUGGCAGGGAUUAUUUGUUAUUAAGUGCAGGUGGUGAUGAUAAAAUCUUCGCUUGGGAUUGGAAAACUGGUAAAAAUUUGUUCACUUUCGAUUACAGUGGUUUGAUUAAACCUUACUUGACUGACCAACAUUUAGCACCACCAAAAUUCCAGAAUGUAGAUAGUAAUGUUAUUGAAUUUGCCGUCAGUAAAAUUAUAAAGUUACGCAACCUACCGUUUGUUGCGUUUUUCGUCGAAGCUACAAAAUGCAUAGUAAUUCUGGAAAUAUCCGAAAAACAAAAAGGUAAUCUUACACUUAAGCAAAUUAUAACUUUUCCAUAUAAUGUCAUUUCAUUAUCCGCCCAAAAUAAUGAAUUCCAAGUCACCUUAGAUAAUACAGAUUCAUCUGGUGUGCAAAGGGAUUUUGCCAAAUUCAUUGAAUAUAACUCUAAUGAUAACAGCUUUGGCGUGGACAAUGAAAAAUCAAACAAAUUUGAUGAUGCCAUCAUACAAUCAGUACAAGGAGAUUUUAAUUUGGUUACCAAGAAAGAAGAAAUUUAUCCAUUGUACAACGUUUCCUCAUUAAGAAAACAUGGAGAACAUUAUUCAUGA